AUGUCAGAGAUCGUCGAAUCGCUGCAACACGCUCAGCCCACACUUGCCGAUUUGCUUACGAUCGAGCGCUCAGCGUCCAUCUUCUUCUCCUACGCUCGGGAAACAGGUUUGAAUAGCCUAUUCUCGGAUGAGACGGCAAUGAAUACAAUACUUGUGCCAACAAACAAAGCUGUAAUGGCGCUCGCUAAGAAGCCACACCAGGAUCCGUCACCUGUCGAACACGGUAUCGAGAUCUCAGAACAAGAGUUCGAUUCUCGUUCGAAAAAGAACGUCGAGAAAUGGGUCUCACUUCACAUCAUCCCAGAAUCUCCCAUAUCACUCCUUGGUCACACGUACCCUACCCUUAUCGAGGGAAAGUACGUCACCUUCACAGAAGUUGAUGAUGGGGCGACCGCUCCUGAAUGGGCCCGAGUGCUGCUCAAUGGUGAUGUCCGAAUUCUGGAGAUGAAGGAGGCAUCCAAUGGGGUGUUAUACCUCAUCGACGGGACCGUUAGUGAUGACUGA